AUGAGUGAUCCAGCUCGCUUUCCGAGUUUUCGCCACCCCACCAUCCCAAUUUACCCCCAUGGCCCCCAUGGCCCUCGAUUGCAUCCGUAUCCAUUCUACCAUUCUCCUGCUGCUGGCGUCUCGAAUCCCGCCCCUAACGAUCCAACCAACCCUACAGCCACUUAUGCCGGAGAAGACCACUACCCUCAUGCGUCUCCGGCUCAUCCAUGGCAUCACCCUCAUCCCCCUGGGCCUCUCGAGCACAACUAUCAUUGGCACCCACGGCCACCCCACCAUUAUCUCGCAGGCUAUCCUGGUGGGCCUGAGGCAUAUACGCACAUGGACCAAUUUGCGAAUCCGAUGGAUUCUCAUAACAAGCGACGCAAAUGGCGAGAUGAAAUCCUACAAGGUGACCCUGAGAAGGCUAUCAAUGAUAAUCUGUCAGAUGCCUCACGAUUGGUGGUUUCCUUGGUCACUCGAGGUCCGUCCGAGCAGCCUUAUGGCCAAGGGAACGAAUUACUGUUCUUCGGAUGCCUCCGACAGCCUCCCCACUAUGCACCAGUCCCGCACCAUGUCAAAUUCACUUGCUUCGCUAUCGAAGUCUCUCCCGUCAUUCCACCAAACGAAGGCGAUACCAUUCCUAGUGCAUCCGAAUUAUCUAAGAAGUCAUUGACUUCAUUGAUGCCCCGAUUAGACAUGGCCAAAGAUCUGAAGUUAGUACGAAGAGGUAAACCCUUGUUGUGGGACAAUACAACAGUUAUAGAGACAUUCCUGUACAGAGUCGUAGAAGGAAAGGAAGACCCAGAAACUACUGGUGGUAGAGACUUGACGGAGCGCCUCGGUACUGAAACGCACGCCUGGAAACUGAUCAACACUUUCGGGGAAGUCAUGGCGGAAAUUGAAAGCGAUAUGAUCGCCACCGCAAUUGUUUCUGUUUUUCUUCCACCUUACCUGAGUACUGCUUUCAACCGCAUAUUGGCCGAUCAAGAUUCCCGCCCCGAUGCGCUUUCUCUGGAAGCCCUCGAUGCUCUUUACUUAUGUGUCACAAGUCAAUUUGGUCGAGAAGCUUUUCUAUAUUAUCCUGUUCCACCACCACCGAUGGGUCAGAAAGAGCAUGAGGUGUGCGAGAAACGUAGGGUUUGGGCGUACUGGACGGAAGUAGUGGCUUGGCAUUUGUCGCAACUUCGAGAAGAUGCUCAAGUUUCGACUUCGUACACACUCUUGAAGUCACUGUACGCUGUGAAAAAUUCGGUCGAUGACACCAAGGUCUCAUUGGAUGAACUUGAGCGCAUCAUGAUUAAUGCCAUUGCAUCCGAAGCCGAUCGAUCGAGGCAUGCGACUGAAAGUCUGAUACACGAAGGGAUCAGUGAAUGUCUUCACAAUCCCAAUUUUGUACCACCGGACAAUGCACUAGACAAAAUGCACAUUAUCACUGCUGGAACUUCCACCGUUGUUUUCAACGUUAUUGCUAAAUUGAUCACUCACGUCCUCGCCCGCAAGCCUACUCUGACUGAAAGUAGCAGUAAAUCUGCUGUCAACCGAAGAAUAAUGGAUCUGAAGAUCACCAUCGCUGAGAGUCGCCCACUUAGCGAGGGUGUGACGCUUGCCUUGAAACUCAGUCACAUUGUGGAAUCAUACCUCGAAUACCGAGAUCGCGGAUCGAAACAUGCGAAACAGGGCUCUGCAGCGCCAUCUGUCGCCGAUCUUGGAUCCUCGGCCUUGGAUCCUCAGCUGCAAAUUCGCCUGAAGCGGGAAAUGUCAGAUACUGAGCGGCUCUUUAACACGCACCGGCCGCAGCCCUCCUCCUUGAGCUUAAUCAAACUGCUGGCCGACCUGGAUUCCAAGAAGGAAAAGAAGGAGCCCCAGGUGAGCAUCGAGCUCAUCACGGAUGCAGCCGUUGUCAGCACGGUUAUGGCCGCUGGUGGCACAAAGGUGAAACCGAUAAUUUUGUUAGGUGCUGACCGAAUUUUCGCGGAUGGGGAUGUUGUCAAUAAAGUCGGCUCUGCUCAGAUGGCGUGGGCAGGUAAGUCUAGUGGGGGGAUCGUCUUGAUCCUCUGUCGAGCUGAUCGGAUCCAUUCGAAAGGUAUGGCCGGGCCUCCCAAGCCCAGCAGUCCCUCAGACCAAUUAAUCGCAGCUUGGGAACCUACUCUUAGUCGUGAAGAGGUAGCCAAAUUACAAAACUCGAAACAUGUUAAGAUCAGUAAUCCAACUUUUGAGGAUGUCAAUCAUGAUGAUAUCACUGGUUACAUCACUGAACUCGGCUUCAUGGGACACGACAUGUUAUCCGAGUUUGCAAACAUGAGAUGCGACUUGGAGAAGUCAGUCUGGCAAGAGACUGCCCUGACGAAAUGA